CUUUUUCAUAAAUCACUUUACACACUGUGUGGUAAUGAGGAAGAAAAAGGACUUUGCUCUCAUCGUGUGCAAGUCUUGUGAUGCUGCGGAAGAGCUUCUGACUGUCACAGAGAACAGACACCGACUGACAUCUUGUCUGGUCAUGGAGUGGAAGAGUAAUCUGUGGCGCACCCAGUCACUGAAGAGCCUCCCCUCGUCAUGUGACAAGCCCACCUGGACUGAGGAAGGACUGUGGGACAAGAAAUCAUCUGUGUCCCAACUGGUUGCUAGGUAUCAAACUACAGUGGAAGUAAGUGCAUCAAUUCAAGUAACUUCAGUAAACAGUGGUGAUGCAAAGCCAAAGCAAGUGUUGAAAGAGAUAACACCAUCUCUUCUGGAGAACAAAGAGACUGGUCUGGCUUCUCUGAUGAGGAGAAAUGAAGAGAGGGAACGGUCUCGAGCCAAAAGCAGUUUAACGCGCAGUAAGUCAAUGGGGAGCCUUCAAAACGGCGCUGGCUCCAUAGAGGCCCUGAAGGCCUUGUUUGAGUCCAACGCAGCCACACAGAGCAAGGUGAAGAGCAGUUUCAGAGCUGCAAACUUCAAAUCACCUUACAAGGCAGCAGACACUGUGACGGUGAUGAAUGGAGAGGUUGAGGAGGUGAAGAGGUCUGCAGAGGAACAGAAGGCAAAAGUUCCUGCUGAUGCUCCAGUUAAUGACGCUAAAAUGGAUGCAAAGGCAGAUCAUGUGACUCAAAAGGUGGUGAAUAACACCCGGACAGAGAGGAGAAAAACAAUAGGGGGUAUUGAUUUUGAAAAACUUGCAUCCUCUCAAGCUGAUGAAAAGAGAAGGUCGAUUGCCGACUUCAGAGACAGCUCUUUCAUCCAAACCAAGGAGAAACUGUGUGUCUCAGUUAAAGCUAUGUCUGCUUGUUAUAUGUCAAAGGUGGCACCUCAGGAACCGACACAGAGUCCUUUAAAACUGGCACAGGAUCAAUCAUCUGAAUCUGGGAAAAGAGUCAAAUUAACCAAGAUGGCUGAAGAUUCCCAAAAAAGGGAAGAUGACCUCCCUCCACCUCCUUUAGCCAGACAUCAGCCAGGACCAGAAGACAUCUCUGGGGCACAUUCCCAGCAAUCCAUGCCAGCCUUUUCCAAAGAAAAGUUAUACCAGCAGCGGCAGAAAUGUGAGCUGAGAAGACUCCUGAAGCACACUCACCCAGAGGUGAAGAUGCUGGAUGAAGUUGUGGAUGAGGAGCUUGCUGAGGUUUUGAGCUCUGAGACUGUGGUGACAGCUGGUGAAACUGGAUAUGAGGGAGAGGUCCUCUCAAGACGCUUGAUAUUUGAGAACUGUGCCUUGAGUAACAAAGUGUCUCCUUACACCCCUAAGAGUCACAUGGCAGACAGAACAGUGGACAGAGGUGAUGUCAGUAAAACAUCAACUGUGUCUGAGGAGCAUGAGGGCAGGCUAUGUGAUGAAAGUGUGAAAGGGAUCGUGGAGGAUGACAAAACGAUUGGUUCUAGUCCAGAUCCAAACAGAGAGUGUGAGGAGGAGAUGAUAAGAAUAGAUGUUCAGGCUACCAGGAGGAUAUUUGAGAAUCAGUCUGUGAAAACAUUGAAGCCAAAUCCAGAUAAUAAGUUCCAGGGGAAAGUUUCUAUUUCUAGGGAUGAGACAGGGCCAGUCCAAAAGCAAAUACAUGACUCUGAAGUGAGCAGCACAGAGAAUAUACACUGUGAAAACAAAAGAACUACAUGCACCAAAAGUCUUGAUUUGAUAGAUCAGCCCCAUAAGCAAGGCCCAUGUGUUCAUGUUGUUCGUCAAAGCACUAGGUUUUCUGGUGGGGAAGAAGUUUCCUCUGGUGAAGCAGCCUUUGAGGAUGACCUUACAAGUCUUUCAGGUCCAGAGGAAUUUGAGGAAAGUAUCACAACAAGUGUAGAUCUUUUGAAAAACAACCCAUUUAUCUCAACAAACAUAGAAAGAGAAAAUUCCUAUGUGCAUGAGUUAAAAUCCCAAAUCCCAGAAAAUCCCAGUGGGGCAGCUGAGGAGUAUCUAGUAACUAAUGUCAAGAACAGAGCCUAUCUGUUUGAAUCACUGCCAUUUGACAGAAUUAGGCAUCAGAACAAGGAUGAAAUUGAGACGUUGGUGGAGAACAUCAAAGAAACGUUGAAUUCCCUGUAUCACGUUAAUGCCAUUCAUUCAGGUGGAUCAAUCAUUGAGGUGAAUGAGACAAUGAUAGCUAAAAAGGCUAAAUUCACACUAUCAGAGGGAGGGCCUAAGAUUAACUAUGAUGAGGUAGCUGAAGGUGGUGCACAAAACUUCAUACUCCAGUUGCUACCACGUGCAAACCUAAAGCCUCAGAUCACUUACUUAAAGGAGGAUAGUAAAGGAAGUAUGAAGGCCACAGUGGUGAAUGUACCUGUUGCCCAGCAUCAGUUCCCUACCAGCCAAGACACAGAGUUUAAAACUGCCAAUGUGGUUCAGCUUGUUGAGGAUAUUCUCAAUCAAGAUAACUCUCUGAGAAAAGGAGUGAUCAUUCAGAAGGAUGCCAACACAUGUGCUGAAGUCAUUGUUUACUCCCUUUACAAUUAUUUUGAUGAGGAUGAUGUGAAAAGUUACAGUGCUCCACAAGGGCAUGCUGCAGAGUAUGAUGAACCAGAAAUGGAGAAAACUGAUAUUAGUAAAACAGAAAAUCAAGGACUAAGAAAAGGCAUUAUUGAAUCAGCCAUAAGCUGCCUUCGAGAAACUUCUCAAGACCAAAUCUGCACAGGAUCAAUCAGGCCUGAAGUCACAGUAAAGGGGAAUGUAAAACUGUUCAAGAGCUGUAUUGAAAAAGGAGAUCUGGAAUAUUUGAAAACUCUUCAGGCUGAACCAACAGUGCAAGAACAAGAACUUCUUCCAAACCAAACUCUGGCUGAACAGAGCACACAGCUUCAUCAUGAAUUGAGAGGAGGUCAGGCAGAGGAGAGUUCUUCAGAGUGGGUCCCAGUGGAUGUAAAGAGACUGAAAGGCAUGUUCUCUGGGGAUCAAAGAGAAAAUCAAACAAAGCAAAAUAUCCAUGAAAAUUGUGUCCAAUCUACCACCAUUUUGCAUCCAUGUACAGGUCAAACUGUGCCACUUGGAAAGAGCCAAUCCUCUGGAGAACGCAACAUUGGGGUAUAUGAUCGUGAGCAAAGAAAAAACACCCUUUGGAAGUGUGGUGGCCGAGGACAGGAAGAAGUGUGUAACUUUACAGCUGCACCACUGGGGCCUUAUCUACAUCUUGAGACACAGGAUGAUGACAGGGUCCAUCAAGCUGAAUUAGUUGAGGUGGUAGAUGACACUGAUGAAAUCUCUAACCUCCAAACCGCAAUCCAUAGCCUCCAACAGGCCACAAUGGAGGCCAAAUCUUUGUAUUACUCAUCACAAAACAAACAAAUAGCAGGUGAUGUCAAACACUCAAGAACAGAAGCAGAAUUACCUCAAGAAAAUGAAAAUCAAAAAGUGGACUUGUGCACUGAGCCAAGGUGGGAUGAAGCUCCAUCAGCCUCAAACAUCACUUCAGAAUAUAAAUCAGACCGCCAACAUGAAAAUACAGAGACGUGCCAUGAAAAAACUAAUUCUGAAGAAGUGCUAACUACUGAGAUAUGCAACAAACAGGGUCAAAAAGGAACAGAUGUGGUUCACAAACACCUUGAAGCUUUGGUUGAUAGUUCAAAACUAACACCUGGACAACAAGAGGAAGAGGAAGUUGUUUUUCAUGGCAAACUUCAAGCAGCUUUGGAUUCCUUGGAGAGAUCCAACAUUAAUAUCGCAAGGGGAGAUUUCAAAGCAGCUAUGAUAUAUAGAAACUCUUCCAAACCUCACAAAGAAAGAUCCCAAAAUGUGGAUGCUUUGUCUGUUGAAAAGCCUAUUAUCAAAGAGUUUUUCCCUGUGACUGAGCCCAGGCCAACUGAAGUACCAUUGAGACAAGAGUUCUCCAAGGAAGAGGUGACUGCAGCAACUACAGAGCCCCAAAGCCAAAGUGAAACCCUAAAUAAACCAGUUACAAGUACUGACUUAGAGAAAAGCAAAAAGCCUGUUGUUUCAAAACCAGCCAUCCCACCUAAACCAGAGCAUCUCAAAGUGAAACAAAGAGAUAAUCAAUCCAGCCAACACAAAGAGCCCUGAGGCAAC